AUGGGUAAGAACACAGGAGCGUAUUUACUAGGUGUCUUGGGGGCGAUAGUCUCUGUUAUUACAGUCAUCCCUGCACUCAUGUUUUUGUGGAGGAUGGUGAUCAGACCACUUUUGUUCAAGCCGACGACGAAGGUUUAUAAGGGGACGGAGACAUAUGCUAUAGUCACGGGAGCAGCUGGUGGAGUUGGGAAAGGCUUUACUGAGAAAUUAGCGAAGGAAGGGUUCAACUUGAUAGUGAUAGAUAGAGACGAGAAGGCGCUGAAUGAAGUAGCGAAGGUGAUAGAAGAGAAAUACAAAGUGAAAGUAGUAGUGAAGGUGUUGGACCUCAUUGCUAUGGAAAGAGGAGAUGAAACAGCAUGGACCAAAUUUAUAGAAGAGAUCACCCCUCUUGAUAUUGGUGUGUUAGUUAACAACGUUGGCAUGUGCCAAUAUUUACCAGGGAAUUACGACACUGUUGCAUUGAAAGACGUCAGAAAUAUGAUCACAUUGAACAUCUCAUCGAUGUUGACAUUAACACACUACGUCAUUCCUUUGAUGUUGAAGAGACAACAAAAGGGAUUGAUCAUCGGGAUGUCAUCAUCAACUUCUUUCAUGCCAUUCCCAAUGUUCCAAAUCUACUCAUCGACUAAGGCCUUCGUGAGACAAUUCCACGAUUCUAUUAAUAUCGAGUACGCAGGGAAGAUCGACGCGAUCUCAUACGCCCCUUGGUACGUCGCAACUGAAAUGACAAAAAUCAGAGAAAAGGCAAUUUACGUGUUAAGCCCACAAGAGUUCGUCGAAGAGUCAUUUAAACACAUUGGAUUCGAAACACACAUCGACCCAUACUGGUUCCACUAUUUGAUGGACUUCGGAGCGUGGGCUAUUCCAACUGCUAUUUAUGGGAAACUCGUUGCUAAAGAACAAGUCUUUGUCAGAGGAAGACUGUUGAAAAAGCUUGAAGAGAAACAGGCAUCUGAAAAGAAGAAAGAGUAA